AGCGGAGUUCAGACGGACUUUUACGUGUUUGUGUGUGUGUGUGUGUGUGUGCACUCUGCGCAGCCCAGCUGUGUCUGCGGGGUCAGUAGCGGCUCUCGCAGAGCGGUACCGGUCCCGGUCCGGUAUGUCUGUGUUCAGGUCGGAUCUGUUCAGUAGGAAGGUGGCGAUCGUGACCGGCGGAGGAAGCGGGAUCGGAAAGGCCAUCACAGCGGAGCUGCUGCAGCUAGGAUGCAGUGUGGUCAUCGCGUCUCGGAAGUUGGAGCGAUUGGAGGCCGCAGCUGAGGAGCUGAAGCCCCAUAUCCCGGAAUCCUCCGGGCCACCCCGGGUCACCCCCAUCCGGUGUAACAUCCGCGAUGAGGACGAGGUGAAGAAUCUGGUGGCGUCCACGCUGAAGCUGUACGGCCGGAUAGAUUUUUUGGUGAAUAACGGCGGCGGUCAGUUCAGCAGCCCGGCGGCCAGCAUGAGCCUGAAGGGCUGGAAGGCCGUCAUCGACACGAACCUCACGGGAACCUUUCUCUGCUGCAAGGAGGUGUACAGUGCGUGGAUGCAGAAGAACGGGGGGGCCAUCGUUAACAUCAUCGCUGAUAUGUGGAGGGGCUUUCCCGGCAUGGCUCACACAGGUGCUGCCCGCUCUGCAGUGGACAAUCUGACUAAAAGUCUGGCCAUCGAGUGGGCGGACAGUGGAGUCAGGAUCAACUCUGUCGCUCCGGGAACGAUCUUCUCUAAAACUGCGAUGGAGAACUAUAAGGAUCUCGGCCCCAUGAUGUUCCAGAAAGCUGUUCCAUCCAUCCCAGCAAAACGCCUGGGCUUCCCUGAGGAGGUGUCUCCUGCCGUGUGUUUCCUGCUCUCUCCGGCCGCUUCGUUUAUCUCCGGAGCGACGCUGAAGGUGGACGCAGGACAGAGUCUGUAUAAGGCCGUGUGGGAGAUACCAGAUCACUCAGCGUGGCCGGCGGCUCCUGAAGGAGAGAGCGUAAACACUCUGAGAGAAAUUAUGAACGAUCUUAAAUCCAAACUGUAAAUUAGAACUGUAAUUCUCUGAGUGGCCUGCAGGGGAUGCUGUGCUGAGAGAAUGAACAGUGAAUGAAUUAAAGCCUCAGACGGAUGUUUUUUAUUGUAAUUUUUCUAGUCUUUUUGGUAUUUCUGCCUUAAACUAAUCUGAUCUGAUCAAUCAGGAUAAUCUGUUAACAGAUUAUAACGUAACGAUUAAUUGGAAUAAUUUGUUAUUGGAUUAUAAUAUAAAGAUUAAUCAGGAUAAUCUGUUAUCAUAUUAUAACGAUUAAUUAGAAUAACGUGUUAUUGGGUUAUAGCAAUUUAUUUAGGAUAAUUUAUCAGAUUAUAACGAUUAAUUAGAAUAAUCUAUUAUCAGAUUAUAGAGCUGAUUGAUCAUAUGUUGAAGUUCUAAAAGUGAAUGUAAGGUCGUUCAGUUUAAACUGAAACUGUAAACAGAUUAAACAUCAUCUGUCAUUAAUUGCUAUGAAACUGAUAUUGAUCAUUCAUUAAUAAUCAUGCAUCUGUGAAUUAAAGAUUUACUGUUUAAA